AUGAAGUUCGGUGAAACCUUAAGGAAGUCUUUGAUCAAGGAAUACUCCUUCUACUACAUAGAUUACGAUGAGUUGAAACAUAAAUUGAAAAAAUUAUUGAAAACCAAUGAUAAUGAAUGGAAGAAUGAAUUUGAAGAAGAAUUCUUGAAUGAAUUGGAAACUCAAUUAGACAAAGUCUAUUCAUUCACCAAGGUUAAGCUGACUGAAGUGAAAAGAAGAUUAAAGGAUGCCGAUAAGAGUGUUACCAAAUUGAUUUCUAACAUUGCAACUGCCCAUGAUGAUGAAUUUCUUAUCUUAGAGAAUGAAAUUAACGACGUUAUAGCUGAUGUUUACGAUUUAGCUAGAUUCACUAGAUUGAAUUAUACUGGGUUCCAAAAGAUUGUUAAAAAGCAUGAUAAGUUGACAAAAUUCCAUUUAAGACCAAUUUUCCAAGUCAGAUUGAAUUCCAAACCUUUCUUUAAAGACAAUUAUGAUAUUUUAAUCGUUCAAUUAUCCAAAUUAUAUGAUUUAGUUAGAACUAGAGGUAAUCCUAUCCAAGGGGAUUCAUCAGCUGGUGGAUCUCAACAAAAUUUCGUUAGACAAACCACCAAGUAUUGGGUUCAUCCUGAUAACAUCACUGAAUUGAAAUUACUCGUAUUGAAACAUUUACCUGUGUUGGUUUUCAAUGCUGAUAAAGAAUUCGAACCUGAAGAUUCUGCUAUUACUUCUAUUUAUUUUGAUAACAAAGAUAUGGAUUUAUACUAUGGUAGAUUAAGAAAAGACGAAGGUGCUGAAGCUAUUAGAUUAAGAUGGUAUGGUAACAUGAAAUCAGAACAAAUUUUCGUUGAAAGAAAAACUCAUAGAGAAGAUUGGACUGGUGAAAAAUCUGUUAAAGCAAGAUUCGUCUUAAAAGAGAAAAAAGUUAAUCAAUUCUUGAAAGGUGAAUUACCUGCCAAACAAGUUUUCGAUAAGAUGAGAAAAGAAGGUAAGAAAUCAUCCCAACAAAUCGAUAAUUUAGAAAAAUUGGCUUCUGAAGUUCAAUAUAGAGUUUUAAAAGAUAAGAUGAGACCAGUCAUGAGAUCAUUCUAUAAUAGAACUGCUUUCCAAUUGCCAGGAGAUGCGAGAGUUAGAAUUUCCUUGGAUACUGAAUUGACCAUGGUAAGAGAAGAUAAUUUCGAUGGUUAUGAUAGAACUGAUGGUAAUUGGAGAAGAAUGGAUAUCGGUAUUGAUUAUCCAUUCAGUCAAUUACCUGAAAAGGAUGUUUGUAGAUUCCCUUAUGCUGUUUUAGAAGUUAAAUUACAAACUCAAUUAGGUCAAGAACCACCUUUAUGGAUUAGAGAAUUGGUAGCUUCUCAUAUCGUUGAAGCAGUUCCAAAAUUCUCUAAAUUUAUUCAUGGGGGUGCUGCUUUAUUACCAGAUUAUGUUGAUUUAAUACCAUUUUGGUUACCUCAAAUGGAUGUUGAUAUCAGAAAACCAAAAAUUCAAGAAGAAUUUGGUAUUAAUAGAAAUCAUAAAAAACUUAUCACUUCUUCCGGUAAUGAAUUAGAUGAUGAAGAAUCUCAAGGUGAUUAUUAUACUGGAGGUGGAGUUACUUUCUCAAAUGACAUUAAUCCUUUAGAAGAGGAUUUGGAUGAUACUACCCCAUUAUUGUUACCUUCAUCAUACAUGAAUAAUAGUUCAUCACCUAUUAUGGACUCAAUUUCUAAUGCUUAUGCUAAACUUUUACAAUAUUUCAGUGAUGAUAGAGAAUUCACUGUUAAAGCUGGUACUAAUUUUGAUCUUAAUGAAACUUUCAAAGAUAAAAUUCCUCCAGGAAAAUCUAUUUCCAUUCCUAUCAGAAUUGAACCAAAAGUUUACUUUGCUGCUGAACGUACUUUCCUUUCUUGGUUAUCUAUCGGUAUGAUUUUAUCUGCCACAACCACCACUUUAUUAAAUUAUGGUACAAAAUCAGCUUUAACUGCAGCUAUAAUGUUUUUCAUUUGUGCUUUAGUAACUUUUGUCUAUUCUAUCUUUAUGUAUGUAUGGAGAACAAUGAUGAUUAGACAAAAGAAAGCCGUCUUAUAUGCUGAUCAAAUAGGUCCAAAUUUAAUAUGUGGAUUAUUAGCAUUAAGUGUUUUCGUAACCUUUAUUUUCAAAGCUUCUGAAUAG